GCCAUCUUCCUUGGAUGCUAUUGCAUAUAGUUAUUUGGCCCUUCAUUUAUAUGCAGAACUUCCCGAUUCAGAGUUAUCUACUAUUCUUAAUACUGAUUAUCCACGACUUGCCCGAUUUUGUGAACGAAUGAAAGAUCUACUUUCCUCACGGCCGAUUAGUCAUUUGCCGUCUACCGAUCUCCCAUCAUUUUUUUCAGGUCUUUUCACUUCUCCUCGUACAUGGUUUAGUCGCAAUAUUUGGAGAUCUAAUAUUGAGGAAGUAAAAAGAGAAAAAUCUGAAGCACAAAUCAAAUUUGAAAGAACGAGAAAUUUGUCAAUAUUUGGAGCAAUUUGUUUCGUAACUGCUUAUAUAACUUGGAAUGGAAUUAUAAGUAUCGAAUUUGGUGAUGAGGAUGAAAAAGAAUAUACUGGUUCUAAAGGAGAGGAAAUUGACGAAGAAGUGGAUUACGAAGAAGUGGACUACGAAGAUAACGAAAGCUAA